GCCCUCUAACGUUCGUCGGUCUGUGUUAAAAUACUAGCAGACACCUUUUCGAGCUCGAAAUAAUUUAAUCCACGUUUCAAUGCUUUGACCUAGAAGAAGAGCUGAUCUAGAGACUGCCACUGGCCUGGUUAGGAGAUCCUUGUCACACUCUGUAUUGAAAUGCAAUGGAUGGACAGAGGAACAAGGGAUACCCAACAAGAGUGGAGAAGAAAGGUCAUCACAAGUUAUACAACCCACCUUAUGAACCAUUGACUCCCAUUAUGAUAACUGAUCCAGAUGGCUUGACAUCAGUCAAAUCACCAGGAAAGAAGUCUGAUGUCUUGUCAGCUAAACAAUUGUCAAGAAAGAAAAGAUCCACCAAGAAGCAGGGAAGGGAUGAAGAUGAUGUUUGGGGGAGUCAUCAGGAUAUUUUUGUUAAACCCAAAGUCAGAAGGAGACGAAAAUCCUCAUCAUCUAGUGAACGGGCAGCCCUCUCUUCAAGAUUAAUUCCUUUACAAUCACCCAUCAAAAGACAGAAGCUAAGGCAGAGUUUGUCUCAUAUAUCACCAAGGAGAUCAGGGACAGCGCAGCAUUCAAUCUCCAUGACGAAAGAAAAUGCAAAGAAGCUUCAGUUUGUAACUAAUCGGGCUCGGCAAAGAAGGAAAAGUAUUGAUAGCACUGAAGCACAGAGAAAAUGCAGAGUGGAUAAGUUACCUCCCCCAAAUAUGGAACAGAAUGUGUUGGCUCAAAGAGCAGGGGUUCAUAAGGAGAGUGAAAUGUUAAAUGAGUUUAGAAACAAGCAACAUUUAUACUCAGAAGUGGGAGACUCCUUUAUACAUAAAGAAUCAAAGCAAGAAGAGAGGAAUUGCUCAAAGGUACUCAAUUUUAGCAUGUCUGGAAUGCAUGGAUGCCAGUCAGGGAAGGAUUUCAUAAGUUCAGAUGCUUUGCACAACCCAAGCGAAGGACUGUUCACUGAUACUGAAUCUGGAAAUGAAACGGACACUCAAGCCAUUGUCCAGAGAACAGUUUCAAGAUUCCUCAGUUCACAGGAAGUGCAGAAUGAUUCCAACAAAGCCAAAGCCAACUUAGACCACAGAUCUUCCUGUUCUGAAGGUGUCAGGAAUAUUGAUUCUGAAGUUAGUGAGAGUUCCGUUGAUAAUGAUGAAGCCAAUGAGACUUUCUUAGAGAAGGAGGUUCGGAGUUUCUUCGAAAGUAAGAAACAACCAACUUCAAGAGAUCACAGAGAGGUAAUCCUGCCAUCGGUAACAUCAUCAUUGAAUCCUGUACCACAGGGGAUGAUUGAUGGAGUAUCAGAUGAAAGUGAGGUCAUUUGUGCAGGACAAAAGAUGCAUUCACAGCGUGAGCCUGAUGCUGUUAGGGAUAAUGAUACUCAGCAUAGUUCUGAACUUGUCAUGGGUGAUAGUGAAUACGGGCAGAGACUCUCUGUUGACUCAUCAAGUUCCAGUAGUAGCGGUGUGGAAAUAAGUGACAUCGAUUUAGACCAAGUGGAUGGGACUUUGAGUGAAGACAUUUUCAGUGGAUAUGAGAAUUCAAGGGACAACAUGCAGAAUUUUUUACAGAGACGUGGGUCAUUUACAAACCAGGAUGUUGAAAUGGAUUCAGCAUCUGAGGAAUCAGAACUGCAAGGUCCUACUGGGACUGGGAAGUCAAGUGAUGUCAGCGAGAGGCAUCAACCGCCUGGAGAACAAGCUGCUACUGUAGUAUCCCCACCUCCAUCAAAAGCUGAAAUAGGAAAGCAGAUGUUCCGGUUGUACUGUCACAAAAAUGCAGCCCCGAAAAUUUUGAAAGUCCUCAAGACCUGUGGAAGCAUCGAUGGCAGCACUCUGCAAUCAGCGGCUGUUGAUGAGCCAAUGUGUAUUGAGGCAAUAUGGGGGAAGGUAUUAGAAGAUUCAGCUGACAGAACUUUAACCGAUGCAUCACCUGUGCUCUUUGAGGAGAACUCUGAUGAUAUUGAUGAGCAUGCCGAUAUUGAAGAGGUUGAACAAUUAACCAAAGAAAAAGAUUUGGGGAGCGAUUCAAGAAAGAGAGCAGCUGAGAAUAGUACAAAGACCAAACCAAAGAAGCCGAGGAAGAAAAAGAAGAAAGUCCCAGAAAAUCGAGGAGAUUGCAUACUACAAAGGAGAAUUAAUAUCAUUACUGGACCUAUAACAGGAGGUGCAAGAAAGAUAAAUGGUGUAGCUGAGAAUGAUACAAAGACCACCCCAAAGAAUUUGAAAAAGAAGAAGAAAAAGGAGAGAAUGCCAGAAACACAUGGAGAUAACACACCACAAGAUGUGGAAAUCACCACUGGACCAAUUAAAGGAGAUGCAAGAAAGAAAAAUGGUGUAGCUGAUAAUGAUACAACCAACCCAAAGAAGUCGAAGAAGAAAAACAAGAUAAAGAAGAAAGUGCCAGAAAUACAAGGAGAUAGCUCAAUUCAAACUAGAAUCAAAAUCAUCGCUGGACCUAUUAAAGGAAGUGCAAGAAAGAAAAAUGAAUUGCGAUGGAAGGAAGAAUUGAGAGAACUCACCAAGUGCCUGUGGAGUCCUAUCACUUUAGAACCAUCCUUGGAAUCUGGCCUCUGCAUGCUGAGGCGUUUGAAGGCAGCGGCUAAGGCAACACCUCAUCAACGAAAGACUCAACUUGACAGGAUGGCAGAUUUGAAAGAAAAUGACCCAAAUCUUGGAGGCUUCAUCAAUCUAAUAUCAUACCCUGAUGUCUUCAUGACAAGGAAAAAAGACAGGCCCGCAAUUCGUAACCUAGCUCCAAGUGAAAUCCAAGUUUUGGGCGGUUCCUAAGCACCUGAUUGAAUGUUUAUAUAGUCUGGUCGAUUCAUUUGAUAUACAGGUAUGAUUUUAUACUCAUACACUUUGCACAUUCUAUUUAUACCAUCACCAUCAGCAAGUUUAGUUGUCGUUGGCCGUCCCUCUGCCCCAUCAACUGAGUCAUACAUCUUUAAAAGGAAGUAAUGCAUGUAUGGCAAAAAGAAUUGCCAUUUUUGAUAUUACACUACCAGUCAAAAUCAAUUUGCCACUUAAAUAAAAAACUAUAUACAAGCCUUUCUGAAUACUUUUAUAAUUCAUAUCAUUCUUCACUAUAUAGUCAGACCUGCCAACCAGUACGUUUUAGGCGUAUUUUGUACGUUUUUGCAACGAAAAUACGGCAGUACGUUUUUUCUUUAAAAAAUACGUUUUUUUGUAAAAAAAAAUAAAAAUUAAAUCGUAAUUUAUUGAGAAAAAUCAUCUCUAUAUGUCUCUAUUUCAUAAAAUGUACACAAAUAUGGUUAUUAGAUCAAUGUAAUUUCAUGUAACUUGUUUUUUCAAUCAUUUUGUUAAAACCAGGGUUAGAUAUACACAUGUUUCAAUGUUUUUUUUUUCAUCUGCAAAUAGCAGUGCGCAUUUUAGCUUGCAUGCAGCUUGAGCGCCGCGAUGAGCAAGUACGCGAAGCAUUUUAUUAUGAAAUACACUUUUUGGGGGAAAAAUACAGUUUUUUUAUCAUAGAAUACAGUUUUUCAUUCCCAGAGGUUGGCAGGUCUGUAUAGUGUUGAUCAUUUGAGACAAUCGGCACCGCUUUUCCGACGGCGUCAACAUUGAAAUCUUGAUCAAGGUUAAGUUUUUGAUAUGGCAUCAUAACUUUUAAUGUAUAUGGAUUUUAUUUCAUGACACUUGGACAUAUUAAGGGUAAUCGAGUAUCAUUCAUAUUCUUACAUGAGUUACAUGUUUUAUUAUUAAGGUAAAAGGUUAUUUAGGGUCAGUGAACAUUGUCCAUGUUUAGGUAUCAACAUUGACAAUUUUUUUGAAUGCCAUCAUAACUUUGAAAGUAUAUGGCUCAUUUUAAAGAAAAUUUGGACACAAGUGUAUCACUGAUAUUCUUGCAUGAGUUUCAGGUCUCAUGGUCAAGGUCAAAGGUCAUUUAGGGUGAAUGAACUUUUACCAUAUUUUGGUAUCAAUAUAAAAAUAAAUCAACCAAGGUUAAGAUUUUGAGUUUUCCAUUUUCCAUAAAACGUUGAUAAAGACACUAAUGAUUAUCAGGAAAUGGCAAAUGGAUGUAAUUUCAAGUCACUGGGUAAAGGUCAAAAGUCAUUUUAGGUAAAUAAAUUGAUAAUUUUAUUAUCAAAUGAAUAUUGUAUUUUCCCCUCUAUGUAAAAAUUGUUAAUCUGGGUCGUUUUUAAAGUCCUCACUGCUGGCAUAAUGCAGGCGAGACUGGAAGAGGCAUUCCACUUGUUGUGUUCUCUGAAAGAGCUUGUUCAUAUUUAUGUGUAAAAGCAGAAGAUGACCAGUCCUCGUCUUUUUAUACGCCCAUCCUAGAUGUCUGUCAGUUAAACUUUUCCUUGUAAACGCGAUAACUUCAGUUUGACCUAACCUAGGCUCAUAUAAUUUGGUGUGUAUGAUACUAGCAUUGAUCCCAGGAAGCCUAUUGAUUUUGAGGUCAAGGUCACAGUGACAUGUUUUCAUCUUGCCCUUCUGCAGAAGUUGUAAACUCGAUAACUUCAGUUUAACUUAACCUAGGCUCAUAUAAUUUGUUGUGUAUGAUACUAACAUAGAUCCCAGCAAUUCUAUUGAUUUUGAGGUCAGAAGGUCAAAGGUGAAGUCGCCACCUUCCACCAAUCACUCCAUUUUCCGUGUUACAGGCAGGCGUAAUAUGUGCUCGCCUUAGCGACACUCUUGUUGUUUAUAAAGGGGAAGACUAAAGAAAAACCUGAAUUAUAUUUUAGGAGUUGGAGUUUUAAUAUUCAUCCUUGAAUAGGUUUAUUUUUACUUCAAUCCAAAAGAAAUAAUGGCAAUAGUCUACCAACAGCCAGAUGACAUGCCUCUGAGAAGAUACAUUAGAUUUGUCUUUGCCAAGAGGGAUUUUACCCUGUAUUGCAAAGACAUUAUUAUGCAACUUUCAUCCAUGAUAUGUCACAAUUAUUAUCCAUUUCUUGAGGUAAAUAUAUUUUCAUUCAUUGCAUAACCAAAUUUUCCACAUAUUGAUUAUAUUUUGCUGGAUUAUCACGACCCCUGAAUUCGGUUGUAAGUCCCCCUAAGUACUGGCACAGAGAAUGAUUUCCUCAGACCCCUGUCAUCUUGUUUGGCCCUUUUAUUAGCACCUUAUGGCCGGCCAAUAUUUCUUUGGAGAGUAUAAAAAAAACCUCGAUAGUCUCGGGGGAAAAAUAUCAAACAGCUUAAACCUUUCUUUUACUGAUCAUGUCUAUCUCUCAAAAUUUAAUAUUUGGUGCCCUUUGUUUCUUUUGUCCUCUCUUUUAAUAAAUUUGGGUCAUCUGCUGCCCAUUCCUUAUCGUAGCAGAAUCCUCAUCUAAGAUGGCUGUUUAAUAUUUUUUAAAUUUCUUUUGAAAUUCCUUGCAAAUGAAUUUAUUUUUCUUCAUGAAUAUCUAUGGUUACGAGAGAUAUCUAACACUGUUUUGUACUUUCUUUAAUGAUAUUACAUAUGUAUGGAAGAUGUACAUUUAUUUAUUUAUUUAUUCGGAAAGAAUCAUGAAUAAAAUGUUAUGUUAUUUUAAUC